AACACCACUCACUGAAAGAGUCGCGUUCAACUCGAAGUAAAGUUGUAGAAUGCGUUUCUUCACCUCUCUCGUACACUGCUCGUAACCUGUUCGACGUAAUGCCCAAACGAAAUAACAAAAAUUGAAUUCCACCGGUAGACGAGAGAGAGAGAAUCAAGAUGGAAGAGCGUUGUUCCGUGAACAGCCCACGAAGGAUACUGAGCUUCUCAAGGAAUCGAAGGGCAAAAGUGUCAUUUCCCGACGCCGACCACCGAUCUCCGACCGGAUUCGGCGAUCAAGGACCCAAACUUUCAGAGGUUUAUGGGUUUGUCGGAUCCAUUACCACUGUUGUUUCCACAGUUGUUUUCAUUAUAUGGGCAUACAUUCCGGACCGUUGGUUGCAUUCUGUAGGGAUAUAUUACUACCCGAGCAGGUAUUGGGCGUUGGCCAUGCCUACUUAUUUAAUGAUGAUAAUUGUGGUGGCGAUUGGAUUUUAUAUCGGCAUGAAUUUUAUGGCGACUCCUCCUCCUACCUCAUUGAACUCGAUUUUUGAUGAAUUCAGUCGAGAACCGGUGAGUGGAAUUUCGACAACAGAUGAUGAUGAUGAUGAUCAGCCUAUUGAGCCUAUAUCUGAUAUUGGCAUUAGCCAUAUUAAUGAAAUUAUGUUUAAUAAAUUUAAAUGACAAAAGGUAGAGUAACAAAUAUACAUUUCUUCAAGUAUUCGAGUUUUUACGAGGCAAGAAUUGGAUCGACGCUGAAGGUCAGAUUCUUAAAUUCUCUACUGCA